AUCAAUAUUAUAUCUCUUAAAAUCCAUUUUUUUGCAUUGGGAUGAAUACUGAAGUCUAUGCCGCAAACGACUAAAUUAGCUAUAAAAAAAAGACAAAUAAGGCAGUUCUAACCAUUCAAAUGAACUCCUAUGUUGUUGUGGAUUGUAUGGGAGCAACCCCGUCAUAUUUAUUCUCUAGGUCCGUAAUAGUAUAAAUUUAACCAAAACUGAAUUCUAUAAUCCACGCUUUUUGGACAAUUUUUGAGGGAAAAGCACCCGGCAUCUUAUAAUCUAUUCUAUAAUGAACAAAAAGUAAAGAAGCUCCCCUCGCGAUUUCAUGAAAUCUUAUAAUCUAUUCUAUAAUAAGCGCUUAGAAAAAAAUAGGGAGUAAGAAAAAAAAAGAGUAAAUAAGUAUAGUGUCUUACUCUUAUCUACUCACUCCUGCCUUCAAAAAAAAAAAAAAAAAAAAAAAAAAAUCUACUCACUCUUCAGUCCUCACCCCAUCUUCCUCACUCACUCCAUCUCGCAACUAUGGUUUAUGCUAAAAGCCUAAAAUCUUACAUAUUUGCAAAUUGCAAGAAAUUUCUUACAAAAGAAAAUCCAUCCUCGUCCUAUACCCAGCUUUUCCAUUGUCAAUGGGAUUAUUUGCGGAACUUGUUAGAGGAUGCCCCAAGCUAGAGGUCCCAUUAUUUCUAAUUUCAUUCAGCCAUUGAGCCAUUCCUUCCUACUGCACCGCCUUAAACAAGUUUCUAGAAGGUAUGUAGAAAUUCUGUGGCGGGAAACUUUUUUAUACCCAUUUUUUCCCUUCAAUUUCAACACUCUCAAUAUAUAUAUACACAAACCCACUCAAUCAUUUUUUCUCUCUCCAAUUUUUCUUUUCAAAUCGCACAAAUUUGAUCACAUAAACGCUUCCUCUUCUUCUUCUUCUUCUUAUUUUCGUCAAUUGCUCUUUGAUUUUCUUCUUCUUUUAAUCAGUUCAAUGGAGUCUUCAAUUCAGUACUAUGAUAAUAGGUGCAAAUUUGUUGCUAAGCAGAAGGAUUCCGGAACUGAUCCUUAUCCUAAAUUCUCUGUCACAAAGAAUAUUGCUGAGUUUGUAGAGAGUUAUAAGUCGGCAAAGGAAGACCUAAAACAUGUGGUUGAAGCUAUAGCUGGGAGGAUCAUGAACAAGCGAGGCAAAUCGAAGUCGAAGCUCAUAUUCUACGAUUUGUGUAGUGAUGGUCACAAAAUCCAAUUGAUGGUCUUUGCUGAGUAAUUAUAUAACAUUGCCAAUAAUUUUGAGCUGGAUGAAACGGAAUUCUCCAACCUACAUGAUUCUGUGAAACGUGGGGACAUUGUCGGUGUGAGCGGAUAUCCAGGUUUCAAUAAGAAAGGAGAACUUUUAUUUUGUCCCAAGACUUUCAAGGUACUGUCUCCUUGUCUCCACAUGCUGCCUGAUGUUCGUAAAGCUAAUGCUAAUGUCGAGAAAUGGGUACCUGGAUGUUCAAGGCAACCUGAAUCAUAUUCGCUGAAGGAUCAGGAAAUUCGUUAUGCUAAAUGAUAUCUUGAUCUCAUUGUAAAUGAUGAGGUUUUAGAGGUUUUCAAAACCCGGUCAAAAGUGAUUGCCUAUAUGAGAUCAUUCUUGGAUGAAAAAGGCUUUAUAGAGGUUGAAACACCUAUUAUGAAUGCUUGUCCUAGCAUUGGCGCUGCGCGUCACUUCACUGCAUCAAGUGAUGAAUUAAAAGUGAAGUUUUUCAUGCGCAUUGCACCUGAAUUAAUGUUAAAGCAGUUGGUGGUUGGAGGUCUAGAGCGCGUGUAUGAAAUCGGAAAGCAGUUCAGAUCUGAGAAUGUUGAUUUGACACAUCACCCGGAGUUUACUAGCUGUGAAUUCUAUAUGGCUUAUGCAGACUACAAUGAUCUGAUAGUCCUAACAGAAACAUUGCUAAGUGGAAUGAUGCAGAGAUUGACUGGAAGUACAAAAAUAAAAUGUCAUUGUGCUGGACAAAAAAAGAAUGAGAACGAAACUAUUGAGAUAGACUUCACUCCACCCUUCAGGAGAAUAGACUUCAUAAAAGAAUUGGAGAAACAGGCAGGUAUCAUCAUUCCAAAGGAUUUGUAUAGUGAUGAAGCGCACAAGUGUUUGCUUGAAGCAUGUCAAAAAGCAGGUGUGACGUGUGAGCCUUCACUGAGAACAGCUCGCUUGUUAGAUAAACUUGCAGAUCAUUAUCUUGUUAAAAAUUGUGUCAAUCCAACAUUUAUAAUGAACUACCCCAUAUUAAUGAGUCCGUUAGCUAAGCAUGACAAGUCAAUGGAUGGAAUGACUGAGAGAUUUGAGCUAUUUGUGAACAAGCGUGAGCUCAUAAAUGCAUACACGGAGAUGAAUGAUCCUCUACUACAACGAAAACAAUUUGAGGAGCUAUUGAAGGAUCUUCAGCAUGGUAAUGAAGAUAUGAAGGAUGAUCCUUUUUGUGUUUCUUUGGAUUAUGCACUGCCUCCGACAGCAGGUUGGGGGAUAGGGAUUGACCGGUUGGUCAUGCUAGUUACCGAUUCUCAGACAAUUAAGGAAGUUUUGCUGUUCCCAAAAUCCAUCAAAAAGCCGAGGAGCGAUGGCCAGCACGUUUAAUUCUAAUCAAAUCUUUGCAUGCCAUCUGCUAUUAUUUCUUCAGCACAGAUUGAGUAUAGAUAAAACUUAGAGUCGAGGCAUCAAUAGUACAUAUAUUCUCCAAAUUGUAUGUAAAAGUACCAGCCACCAAAAGUUUAGAGUUAAUAUUGCCUUCUGACGCUGCUAACUGCUAUAAUGUCUAGAUGGUUAAGACAUACGAAUUUAAGAACAUGUUUGAAACCCCUGGUAAAGAUGAUCCUAAUGGCAGAGAUAUUUCAUGUCAUGAUCUAAUGGUAUCGUUUAUUGCAUUA